AAGGGACAGAAAGCCAACAAGAAAGAGCGGGUUUUUUGUUGGGUGGUUGUGGUUGUUUCUGUGUAUUGAAACUGUCUUUCUCUUUCUAUUUUCUCUCAGCAAAAUUUUCUCACAACCCUUUUGCAUUCUCUUGUUUUUGGUGUCUAAAAAGUGGUCUUUUUGUACCCAGCUGUGAACUGCAACUACCCUUUUGGUUUGACAUUCUCUUGAUCACUAUUGCGUUUAAAUGGUGCAAAUUUUGGUUCUUUUUUAUCACUUUUAGCUUGAUCUGAUAAAAAAUUUGCACUUUGGUGGUGAAUUUGGUUCCGUUCUGGCAUUGUUUGAGUUUGCUGAAGAACAAUUUCUCUUGUUGUUGUACCGUUUUUAUGAUAAGAAAAGGAAGAGCGAGGAAGUGAAGGACAUUCUUUCAGCUUUCCCAGGUAAGUUGAAAGCUUUGCAAUCAAUCAAAAUUUGAUUUGGCCUUGUGGCUGAUUCUGUUUUUCAGCUUUUAUUUUGUGUUUCAAAUCAAUCUAAGUGGUGACUUAUGUGGAGUUUUAGUACAAUUUAGGCCUUGAAUUCAUUAAGGAUGCUUGGCAAAUUUCUAGAGAUUUGAGAUAGCAAAUCUGUGAAUUCAAAAGGGUUUGUGGCAAGUAACUGUUGCAGAUAUAUAAGGGUGAAUUGAAGAUUGAUCUGGUGAUUAGUUUGUGAAUUUUGAUGUGUUGUUGAUUUGAGGGUCAAAAAGUAGAUUUAUUGUUAUUCAGGCCAAGAAUUUGAAAGUUUUGUGGGCUUUCGCCAAUCAGUUCUAACGGAGUCGUCUUUGGAAAAUAAGCGGUCUGACUGUGUCGCUGGUCUGGAGUGCAUAUUAAACAUUAUCAGGGCCCUUAGAAUGGGGUCCUGCUUCUCCUUGGAAAGCAGGAACCCCAUCCCUGGUUCUCCGUCCUCUCCUGCCCAGGGUGUGAUGAAGGGGAAAGGCUCUAAGAAAAGACCAGGGUCAAGGAAUUCUUCCUUUGACUAUUGGAGGGAGGAGCCAUUGCAUAGGAUUCCUGGGAGGUUGUUCCUGAAUGGCUCAAGUGAGGUUGCUUCGCUCUUCACCCAGCAAGGCAAGAAAGGAACAAACCAAGAUGCCAUGAUUGUUUGGGAGAAUUUUGCAGCAAGGGCAGAUACAGUUUUUUGUGGUGUCUUUGAUGGCCAUGGUCCACGUGGUCAUAUGGUUGCAAAGAGAGUGAGGGAUUCUCUUCCUCUAAAGCUUUGCUCAUAUUGGGAAGUCAAUAUUACCAGUGAGGAUGUACUCAACGGGAUAAGUCUUAAUACUGCUGGAAGCAUAAAUUCUGAAGACACAGCCCUUGUAUCUGCUAAUGAAGAACCUAGAGCCUUACUUGAUCUCGAGGAAACAGAAAAGUCUCCUGAGAUCUUUCAUACUCUGAAGGAAUCAUUUCUGAAGGCUUUCAAAGUCGUGGAUAGGGAGCUAAGAAUGCAUGCAAAUAUUGAUUGCUUCUGCAGUGGGACCACAGCAGUAACCUUGGUCAAGCAGGGUCAAUAUCUUGUCAUUGGAAAUGUUGGUGACUCUAGAGCCAUACUUGGUACAAGGGACAGAGAUGAUUCUCUUAUUGCAGUUCAAUUGACUGUGGAUCUCAAGCCAAAUCUUCCAGCGGAGGCAGAAAGAAUACGGAAAUGUAGAGGACGUGUGUUUGCUCUUCAUGAUGAGCCUGAGGUUGCUAGAGUUUGGCUGCCAAACACUGACUCCCCUGGUCUUGCCAUGGCCCGGGCUUUCGGAGAUUUUUGCCUUAAGGAUUUUGGCUUGAUUGCAGUGCCUGAUAUAUCCUGUCGACGCCUAACUGAUAAGGAUGAGUUUAUUGUCUUGGCCACAGAUGGGAUUUGGGAUGUUCUUUCAAACAAGGAAGUGGUAGACAUUGUUGCUUCAGCCCCAGCGCGAGCCUCAGCAGCCCGAGCCCUGGUUGAGUCUGCAGUUCGAACUUGGAGAUACAAGUAUCCGACUUCCAAAGUUGAUGACUGUGCUGUGGUUUGCCUCUUCCUCGACUCAAACUCAAACAAUUUAUCCACUUCCAUUUACAAGACCAAAGAGCUACAGACUUCAAUGGAUCAUGUCAACAAUGUAGCUGAGAAAGACAAUGUACCCACUACACCAACCAAUCUGAAUUGCUUAGGACCAGUCCCAAAUGGCCCUGAAAUCCUCCCAGAAGAAAAUGAAGAAGAGGAUCCCUCAAAGCUGGAUGACCAGCAGACAGAUUGGUCAGCUCUCGAAGGUGUUUCUCGAGUUAAUACUCUCUUGACACUACCGCGAUUCACACCAGGAAAGGACGACAAAAAGGCUGCUGGCAUUUGGAAAUGACAAGAAGCAGGUUUAGUUAGUCCUUGAAUUGCAUAAUUAAUAUUUGGGUUUAUUAUUUUAUUGUUCACGUUUAUGCUUUUUUUUCUUCUACAUAAAAAAAAGGGAAAAUUUGAUUUAUAGGGCCAUUGUUGUUAAAAUUUCGACCGGAGAGGUGGGCCCAGCUAUAUUAGCAUGUCUGGGAAAUUAUCCUCUCUCUACCGCAGGUAGAAUCGGAAUUUUUGUAAAACCCAACUCUCGGUCUAAUUUUUCGUUCAAUUUUAUUUUUAUUUAUGUGUGAUUAUAUGUAACUGUUAAUAACACUUUGGUGAUAAUGAGAUCUCCUUUCAGCUUCA